CUUUGAUGACAAGAUGAAGUCGGUCACAUUUGUGCUCUGCCUGCUUGUGCUGGGCGCCCACUCGCUCCUGGUGUUUGCCGCGGACUGCGAAAUUGCCGGCCAGAAGCUUAGCGUCGGACAGACGUAUAGCCCGCCGGAGCGUUGUUUGCAAUACACUUGCCAGGGACCCAAGAAGCUAGCGGCCAAGACAUGCGCAUCGGUACAGAAUUUAAAGCCAUGCGAGAUGGAAAGUGAUCUGACCAAGCCGUAUCCCGACUGCUGUCCCAAGUUCAAUUGCUAAGCCACUGAAUGUGAAAGUGAAACCUUAAUUAAUUGCAAUAAAGCUAAAGUAACCUAAA